AUGGUAGGGGAACAAGGUGGAAGAGAUGCAUUUAUAAGUGAAGGUUUUGACAAUUGGAGUAAAGUAGGCUCAUUCCGAAAACAUAUGGAAAAGUCUAAUAAUAAAGGACUUUUCGUUGAAGUCUUAUCUUUGAUUAGAGAAGAUAAUGAGAAGAUUUUUAAAGUUACUUUAGAAAAUGCUCCAAAAUUUGAAAAAUUGACUUCUUCGACGAUUCAAAAAGAUAUUGUCAAUUGCUUUUCGAAAGAGAUAAUCAAGUCUAUUUGUGAUGAAAUUGAUUUAUUAGAGUUGUUCACGUGUUGGAUACAUCUUUGUUUCACUCUUAAAGCCGCCAUUGAUACCGUAUUUUCCAACAACAACUUGAGUAUGGUUCACGUGAGGGGGCAAGGUUAUGAUGGAGCAAGUGAUAUGAGUGGUGCGUUUAAUGGUUUGAAAUCUUUGAUUAUAAAUGAAAAUAGUUUCGUACAUUAUAUACAUUGUUUUGCACACCAACUUCAAUUAGUGAUUGUGGUGGUUGCAAAGAAACACGAUGAUGUUGAAGAAUUCUUUGAACAACUAGCUUUGGUGGUUACUGUCGUUUGUAGGUCUUGUAAGAGAAAAGAUAUGAUACGAGAGAUGCAAAAAGAAAGAGUGGCAGCUGAAAUUGAUAUUCGUGAAACUGAAACAGGAAGAGGGUUGAAUCAAGAGAUUUCUCUUGUUCGAGCUGGAGAUACUAGAUGA